UCUUCUGUGCAGCAAAACCUGUUUCUCGGUCCUACCUGUUCCUCAUUCCAGUGGUGCCCUCACCGUCUUCACUCCCUGGCGCUGGCAUCUUUAGUGUCUACAGUCUCUGGUCAUCUCCUGUACUGUGUAUGGAGUCUCUGGUCAUCUCCUGUACUGUGUAUGGAGUCUCUGGUCAUCUCCUGUACUGUGUCUGGAGUCUCUGAUCAUCUACUGUACUGUGUCCGCAGUCUCUGGUCAUCUCCUGUACUAUGUCCGCAGUCUCUGGUCAUCUCCUGUACUGUGUCCGCAGUCUCUGGUCAUCUCAUGUACUGUGUCCGCAGUCUCUGGUCAUCUCCUGUACUAUGUACGCAAUCUCUGGUCAUCUCCUGUACUGUGUCUGCAGUCUCUGGUCAUCUCCUCUACUAUUCCCACAGUCUCUGGUCAUCUCAUGUACUGUGUCCGCAGUCUCUGGCCAUCUCAUGUACUGUGUCCGCAGUCUCUGGUCAUCUCCUGUACUGUGUCUGCAGUCUCUGUUCAUCUCCUGUACUAUGUACGCAGUCUCUGGUCAUCUCCUGUACUAUGUCCGCAGUCUCUGGUCAUCUCCUGUACUAUGUCCGCAGUCUCUGGUCAUCUCAUGAACUGUUUCCGUAGUCUCUGGUCAUCUCCUGUACUGUGUCUGGAGUCUCUGGUCAUCUCCUG